AUGGCCUCUGACGAAGAUGAGUUAGAGAUGAUAAUUAGGCGAGCGUCAACGAACAACAUCACCACGCUAAUAAACAACAACAACAACAACAACAACAACCUAAACAACAAUAAUAAUCUUGUGGCGUUUUUAAACAACAACAACAACAUCAAAAGACGUAACAAUAGGAGCAGUUUCAGUAUCUACUGCAACAACAACAACAACAACAACAAUAAUGACGACGACGACAAUGACGACGACGAUGAGGAUGUCAAUUCAACUACCCCAAAAUUCAGAUUUAGUUUUUUCAACCACCACCAACCUCUCCAUUCAAGUCAUCAUCAGAUCUGCAAGAAGAGUUCCAAAAACUUCAGCAGCAGCAGCAACAACAACAACAACAGCAACAACAACAACAACAACAGCAACAACAACAACAACAACAACAGCAACAGCAUAACUACCUCGUUGCUUGAUCCACUUCCAAACUCAAAAUCCUACACACUGCAACAAAUGCACCCUCAAUUUUUUGACGAUCCAAACUUUUCCGCCAAAAACGUCUUCGCAAAAACCAUUCCCGCCAAAAAUAUUUCCGCGAAAACACCAAAAAACGCAUUUUUACUCCACGAAAAUUGGGCAUUAAAUCGAAUGCGAGAACGUCGGAGCAUUGGGUCUUACAGUAUGAAUAGCGGCGAAUUUUUGAGGCCCAGAACUCUCUACGACCCCCACAAAUCCGCCCUUGACAUUCAUGUUAACUUUGAAAGAGGUGGCCUGCGUGACCUCUGUGACCUUAGCGGCAAAGUUCAAGGACACGAUGAUCAAAAUUCACAAAAUAGGAGAAGUUAUAGCGAGAGACUGGCGGGCAUGGGUCUGUUGAUGCCUGUCAAGGGUAAGAAAAAA